CAUUUCUGAUUUCUCAUAAAAAUUUCUCCUUUCUCAUUUCUUUGCUUGCAAAAAGCCUCUGGGUUGUUUUUUGCAUUUCCUUUCACUGUGACAACUUUUUAGAUUUCCUUAUCUUUAGUUCAACUUUGUCCCUUUUAUAUCAGUGUCUACACAUAGAAAUAGAUCAUGGCAAAAGUAGAUGAACCACAGCCACAUCCACCAAAGGAGCAGCUGCCCAACAUUUCUUACUGCAUUACAAGUCCACCUCCAUGGCCCGAGGCCAUCCUUCUUGGUUUCCAACAUUAUCUUGUGAUGCUUGGAACGACAGUGAUCAUUCCAACUUCACUUGUUCCCCAGAUGGGAGGUGGAAAUGAGGAGAAAGCAAAGGUUAUCCAGACUCUACUCUUUGUUGCUGGUUUGAACACAUUAUUGCAGUCACUGUUUGGAUCUAGAUUGCCUGCUGUGAUCGGAGGGUCUUAUACCUUUGUCCCAACAACAAUCUCAAUUAUUCUUGCUGGUCGGUUCAGUGACAGUUCAGAUCCUAUUGAGAGAUUUAAAAGGAUAAUGCGGGCAACUCAAGGUGCCCUCAUUGUAGCUUCCACUCUUCAGAUUGUCCUUGGCUUCAGUGGCCUUUGGCGUAAUGUUGCGAGGUUUUUAAGUCCACUUUCAGUCGUUCCUUUGGUAUCUCUAGUUGGUUUUGGGCUUUACGAAUUUGGCUUUCCUGGGGUUGCCAAAUGUGUGGAGAUUGGACUGCCUCAGCUGAUUCUUAUAGUAUUUGUCUCACAGUACGUGCCUCAUGUGAUAAAGUCUGGAAGAAAUGUCUUUGAUCGAUUUGCUGUCUUGUUUUCAGUGGUGAUUGUUUGGAUUUAUGCUCAUUUACUCACUGUGGGUGGAGCUUAUAAUGGUACAGCACCAAAAACACAAACAAGCUGUAGAACUGAUCGUUCUGGUCUAAUAGAUGCUGCUCCAUGGAUAAGAGUUCCUUAUCCCUUUCAAUGGGGAGCGCCAUCAUUUGAUGCUGGUGAAGCCUUUGCUAUGAUGAUGGCUUCUUUUGUUGCCCUUGUAGAGUCCACUGGGGCUUUUAUUUCUGUGUCAAGAUAUGCAAGUGCGACUCCAAUGCCACCUUCUAUUCUUAGCCGUGGUAUUGGUUGGCAGGGAGUUGCAAUUUUGGUGUCAGGAUUGUUUGGAACUGCCAAUGGUUCCUCAGUUUCUGUAGAGAAUGCUGGCCUUUUAGCCUUAACACGAGUUGGCAGCCGAAGGGUUGUCCAAAUCUCAGCAGGGUUUAUGAUUUUCUUCUCUAUUCUUGGGAAAUUUGGAGCAGUCUUUGCUUCAAUUCCAGCACCUAUUAUUGCAGGAUUAUACUGCCUAUUCUUUGCAUAUGUUGGUGCUGGGGGUCUUAGUUUUCUUCAGUUUUGCAACCUCAACAGCUUCCGUACAAAAUUUAUAUUAGGCUUCUCUGUUUUUAUGGGCUUAUCUGUGCCACAGUACUUCAAUGAGUAUACCGCAAUUAAUGGCUAUGGUCCUGUUCACACAGGCGCAAGAUGGUUCAAUGACAUUGUAAAUGUGCCAUUCUCAUCGGAAGCGUUCGUAGCGGGAUGCUUGGCAUAUUUCCUCGAUAACACAUUGCACCGCAAGGACAGUGGGAUUAGGAAGGACAGGGGUAAGCACUGGUGGGACAAGUUCCGAUCCUUCAAGGGUGAUUCGAGGAGUGAAGAAUUUUAUUCCCUCCCCUUCAACCUAAACAAAUAUUUCCCAUCUGUGUGAGAUAUAAUGGAGGUAUUGUCAUUUUAAGUUGUAAAAUCUCAAUUGCCCUUUGUGGACGACAUCAUUACUAUUUAAUUCCAUGUUAAUUGUAUUACACGCUAUAGCAGUUGGUGUUUCCCUUUAUAAGAACACUUAAAUGACUAAUUCCAAUGGAGACGUGGGUUUGAAGUAAGCAAUGCAAUGUAAUGCCUCUGUUGAGGUUAUCUUA